GGUUGGGGUGGUUUCGCGAGCGGGGAGGCAGGUGGGAGGGUGGUGGUUUCGCGCAUGCUUGGGGGUUGGUUUGAGGCGAUUUCGGGGGUGGGGGGGAAGAGAGGGGGUAGUUUUGGGGGUGGGGGAAGGAAGGUGGUUGUUUUCGUCGGAGAGGAAGGGGGAAAGGGGAGGUUUCUGCGAAGUGGCGGCGGAUUCUAGCUGGGCUAGGGGGAUGGGGGUGGUUGGCAGGGAGGAGAGGAUUUUUUUUUUUAAUUUUAAUUUUUCAGUUUUUUAAUUUUUAAUUUUAAUUAUUGAUUUUUUUGUUUUUUCUUAAUUUAUUUAAUUUAAUUUAUUUAUUUUAAUUUUUUGAAGCAAUUAACAAGUGACACGUGUCUAAAAAAAAAAUUUAACCAUUUCAUCAGGUUACCGGUUUUUGGGAUUGAAGAAUGAAAGCCCAUAUCAAAGUUGGGAUUAUUGAAUAUUUCAAAGUUGGGAUUAAUAAAAUGAAAUUGUGCAAAGUUGGGAUUAAUAAAUGCAAUUUUUCCCAAAAAAAAUAGAUUAGAUCAGAAAUUAACACUUAAUAAACAAAAUUUCUUUAUUAUUAUUAGUAUAAGAUAAAAUUGUAUUUUCUACGUAGUACAUAAAUUCGAAAAAUAAAAAAAAAAUACUGUAAAACCCAAGUCCUAAAACUACACACAUAAACACAACCCAACCAAAACAACAAAACAGAAAGAGAGGACAAAAAGAGGGGGAGAGACGAAGAGUCUAUAACGGCAGAAGCUACUGCUGUAUUCGACGGGAGCCCAACCACCACCGCCGCAACCACCAUCAACACCCACCACUGCACGGCCAGCCACACGCAGUCACAAGGCCGCAUCAACCUAACACGGCCCUAGCUUAUUUCAAUUCGGAUGUGCACGGGAGAAGCUCCGGUGGCGAAGCCGAAAGUAGAAAUUGAAGAUCAAUGAGGGGCGAAGACGUGACAACGAAGACGAAGACGAAGACGAAGACGAGGAAGAGUUUGAGUUUUUCUCUCUUCGAUGGUGGUUGUUGUCAUAUUGUUAUUAGAUGGCUGGCUUGCAAAUGAGUUGGCAGCCAAGUCUUGUUCACCAAAAACGCAAAAAUGGCGGCCCUUUAGGGUUAAAGAAUCUCGGCAAUUCCUGUUACCUUAAUUCUGUUCUUCAGUGUCUUACUUAUACCCCUCCUCUUGCCAAUUUUUGCCUCAAGAAUCAACAUUCUUCUCAUUGUGAUUCUUCAUCUGAGCCUGAUAGAAAACGAGACUGCCCAUUCUGUAUAUUAGAGAAAAGGAUUGUUCGGUCAUUGAGCCUUGAUUUAGCACUUGACACACCAUCAAAGAUUGUCAGCUGCCUCAGGUUGUUUGCAGAGCACUUUAAGUGCGGUAGGCAGGAAGAUGCUCAUGAGUUCCUCCGCUAUGUCAUUGAUGCUUGCCACAACACGUGCCUUCGCUUGAAGAAAUUGCAACAGCAGCGUGCUAGGAAAGUUUCCAAUGGAAGCGGAGGAGAGAGUUUUGUUGGUGGUUCCAUUGUGAAGGAGAUAUUUGGGGGUUCUCUGCAAAGUCAGGUGAAAUGCCUUUCUUGUGGAACUGAGUCAAAUAAGGUCGAUGAGAUCAUGGAUAUUUGCCUUGAAAUAUCCAACUGCAGUUCACUUAAAGAUGCCAUGAAAAGAUUUUUUCAGGCUGAAAUUUUAGAUGGUAAUAAUAAAUACAAAUGCGAGAGAUGCAAGAAACUAGUGGCUGCUAAGAAACAAAUGUCCAUUCUUCAGGCACCAAAUGUACUUGUAGUCCAGCUUAAGAGAUUUGAGGGAAUUUUUGGCGGAAAGAUAGAUAGGGUGAUUGCAUUUGAAGAAAUUUUGGUUCUUUCAAGCUUCAUGUGCAAAGCAAGUCAGGAUCCUCAGCCUGAGUAUAGUCUUUUUGCUACCAUUGUGCAUUCAGGAUUUUCACCUGAGUCUGGACAUUAUUAUUCAUACAUUAAGGAUGUGAUGGGUCGUUGGUAUUGCUGCAAUGAUUCUUAUGUGACAUUAUCAACUUUGCAAGAAGUACUUUCUGAGAAAGCUUAUAUUCUUUUUUUCACCCGGAAUGGCCAGAGACCUGUUGCUGUUGAUAAUACUGCUGUGUUAAAUGGAGUGAAGCCUUAUAGGAUUAAUGGCAGCAACAUGCCUAAAUCUCUGAGGAGCUCUAUUCCUGCAAAAGUAAUGAACAUGAAAUCAUCUAAUGCACCUUCUCUUGUUAAAAGCAUUCCAUUUGCUAGUAAGAAUGUUGAUGCUUCUGCUAUUCUACAAAAUAAAUUAAGUGGCAUCACAAAUUCACUUGCUAAAAGAGUUUCUGGUAGUGAUAGUGGGACAGUUGAUGUUCAAAAAAAGGAAACUGUGAGAAGUAAUGGAAAGCCGAGCCAUUCUGUUUGUAAGCAGAUGAAUGGAAACAAUGUGCAUUCAAUGCAAGAUAACAAUGGAAAGUGUAGCAAUGGUGAACAUAAUGCCGUUGCAAGUAGCCAGGUUUUGAUAAAUGGUGAUACUCAUCUCAAGAAUGGGAAUCUUGGUCCUGUAAAAGGAAGUCUCUGUGAAGACAAUGGCUUAAAAAACAAAGAGACUGCCAGGAAGGUGAUUGAUAAUGGCGUCAUCCAUAAUGGUCAAAGAAAUGAGCGCAGUGAUUUCUCUGGCCCGAGAAAGCUGGAAAAUGGAGAGAAUGCAGGGAAGAUGCUCGACAAUGGUGCCCUUCAUAAUGGUCAGAGUUAUAAUUUCCCAGGCUCCAAGAGAAAUUUGGAAGACAGGGACUCGUGCAUUUUGUUAGCCCAAGAUGCCAAAUCGCGGGCUAAAGUUGAAGAAUUUAAGGAACUUCUUCAAAAGGAGGCUGCAUUAGCUCUGCAAACAUGUGGCUGGUCUGAUAAGGUUUAUGAAUACAUGAGAUCAAAGAAGAGGGUGUGUGUGGAUGCUUGCAGCUCAACAGAUAACAAAGAGCCAAAGAACAUGUUAAUUGCUGAUGCCAGAUCUGCGUUUAUUUCACAAAUUCCUGGAUCUUUGAAAGGAAGCCUAAUCGAACACAUUAGAUCAUUCAGCAGCCAGAAGUAGCUCAUAGUUGUUACUCUCGAAUCGCAUGGCAGAAGAAGGUAUCUGGCACUUUCAAAAUUUCAUUAGCAGACUCCCAUUUAAUUUGGAAUGGGUUGUAAACUUGUUUGUAAUAUUCGGGGAUGCUUACUAUGUGGCCUGCCCCGUAUACAUGUUAUACAGUUGCCGGUGGAUGCAUAUGGAGUAGACAACUAUUUUCUGCCUAUUCUUCUGCUGAAAGGGAUUGCUACUAGUCAGAUGGUAAUGUUUCAGGGCUGAGAUGUAGGCUUUGAUGUACAAAUCAUGAGGUAGGUUUUGCAGUUGGUUUGAUGGAUAUACUAGGAAAUUGAUGUAUUCAGCUGCAUGUAUAAUAUCCUUUUUGUUCUUUACUUAUCCCAUUUUAUGGAUGUGCAACAAUUUUUAUCCGUAAAAUGUGGCCGGAGAGAUGAAAUUAUACCCCAGCUUUGAGGUUCUGUAUUGUUCUGCUCUGGGCAAGUUGCAUUUAUUUUUUUUUAUUUCA